GGACAUUAGAAAAGGCAGGAAUAAAUCUUGCAUUGAAACUUGAAGAAAGCUGAAGACAAAAUAUGGGAAACAAGGAAGAUUUAGUUGUAUUCUUCAAGACAAAAUAAAAAUCAAUUGCUAUUGACGUUUUAUGCAAUUGGAUUUGUAUGAGUCAAUUCUAAUAAGAAUCAACAAUGGCCGACGAACCAGCAACAAAAAAGGCAAAACUUGAAGAGAUAAAAAUGACCGAGAAUAACAUUAUAGAAGACUACAUAAACAAAGUAAUAAGCUCAAGAAGCAAUUUAAAAGCAGUUCUCAGUGACGAUUUAUGUCAAAACAUUGAAACAACGAAGGUAUACAUUGCGUCAAUAAAAGAUAAAAAAAUGAUAUCAAAAGCAAUCCAAGUUUUGAAUGAAAAACUUCCAUUGAACGAACUAAAUCAUCUCAAGAGAGUUCGUAAAACCUCAAUACUUCUCUGCCAAUCAAGUAAUGUAACUACAAAUAUUCAAGAAUUUAUAGACCAGAAUAUACCAGAAUUGAAAGAUGUUUUUGAAUCAAUCAAUGAAAUAGAUGUGCCAUCUCAGGCUCCCAAAUUAAAGAAACAAUAUACUGAAGUAAUAAAGAUAUGGUCUUGUAACUUCCAUCCGGAAAACUAUUUGGAAAAACUGGCCAGUGACAACUUUUUUCCUCAAGACGAACUUAAAUCACACCGAACAUACAUGGCUAUUGCCUUUGAGACAGUUAGAUGGUAUUUAAAAGCAACAGAAAAGGGAUCGACUGAAGAAUUGUUGUCAACUCUCAACGCUUCCGUAGUUGUUGAUCCGUCAAUAAAUUCAGUUGUAGCGGUUGCCUUUGACAAUCGAUUGAAGCACCCUGUGCAGCAUUCUGCUAUGUUAGCUAUUGACAAUGUUGCUAAAACGCAAUAUGGUGGUGCUUGGGACAGCAAAACAAAUGACAACUUACCAUUAAGUGGUAUAGAUGGUGACUUAUUAAAACAUUUACGUGUAAAAUACCCAGAUGUCAAAUUUGGGGCGAAGAAGUUUGUCAGUAAAGAAGAAAAUAUAGAAAAUGGUGACGAUGGCAAUACUGGACCGUAUUUGUGUACGAACUACCAUGUUUAUUUGUUAAGAGAACCGUGUGUUAUGUGUUCCAUGGGGUUAACCCAUGCUAGAGUGAAAAGAGUUUUCUUUUGUUUUGACAAUGCAGAAUUUGGUGCGUUGAAAUCUAAAGCUAAACUGCACACGGUGCAAUCUUUAAAUCAUCGUUAUGAAGUAUUUACUGGAUUUUUAUAGAAUUUAAUG